AUGCCUGCGUGAGUACACAACUCAACGAUCCGAUUUACGCGACACUAACAACACAGCAGGCCGGGCGACCAACACCGCGACACGCCCGCAUCUGUAAACCCGUUUCUCGAGCACAAGCCGCACAUCAACGAAUUUACCGCGCAAGAAGUCGCCACGCUCCAGAGCAGAUUAGACAAACAGCUCGGACCUGAAUACAUAUCCACGCGACCGGGUAAUGGCGGCGGUAAGGUACACUACCUUGCGGCUGAGAAGGUCAUCAACCUUGCGAAUGAAGUGUUUGGCUUCAACGGCUGGAGCUCCUCAAUUCAGAACGUGCAGAUCGACUUCGUGGACGAGAACCCGGAGAACGGCCGGAUAAAUCUGGGCCUCUCGACAAUAGUCAGAGUUACGCUACGAGACGGUACAUUCCAUGAGGACAUUGGGUAUGGGCACUGCGAGAACACAAAGGGCAAGGCGGCCGCUUUCGAGAAGGCGAAGAAGGAGGCCGCCACGGACGCGAUGAAAAGAGCUCUGCGCAAUUUCGGGAACGUGCUGGGCAACUGUCUCUAUGACAAGGACUAUCUGCAGAAGGUGACGAAAGUGAAGGUGGCACCUUCGAAAUGGGACGCGGAGAAUUUGCACAGGCACCCAGAUUUUGCGCCCGUCAAGAAAGAGCCAAUCAGUGACGAAGCCCGACAGAGGAAAGGCUCGGCCAUCCAUCGGAACACCAGCGUGCAGAGCAAUCGAUCCGCUGCCUCCCUCGGCUCAGCCGAAUUCGAGGAAGACUUUGGAGGUAACGCCUUUGACGAGUCCGACUUCACCCAUCCAGAUGAAGUGCGCAUUGACGACACUGCCAUUUCAAAUGGACCAGCGUCGCCUGCGCAAAGCGCUCCAAACGGCCAACCGCAACAACAUUCAAAUCAGAGGCAGGUCGUCCCAAGGACAAAUUCGAUGCCCCAAAUGAGGCCUCCAAACAUACAGCCUCCACCUGCUGUGCAAGGCCUGCAGGCUCCUCAGAAGCCACCAGGUAUGCAGCGGCCGCCGAUGAAUGCCGGGCAACCUCCACAAAGGAUGUUGCCUCAUCAGACGCCGGGCAAUCAGCCUCGACCGCAGCAAGUGAUGAACGGACAGGCGCAGCAGAACCCAGAUGGCUCAAGAUCGAACCCCUCAUCCGGAACGGCUAUGGAUUCGCCCUCCACAACAAGGCAGAGCAACGACUCCAACGGUAACAUGCAGCAACAACGCGCAGACGUUGACAAUGAAGGCUUUCCUAUCCCGCGCGAGCCGCCCCAGGGACUCCCCGGUGGUUUCGUGACCGGACGAAAAGCCGAGAUCUACAACCACCCUUCAGAUGGACGACCUCCAAAUGCAAAUGUAGCAUUCAACCCUCACGCCGACAGCCCGUCGAUUCGCAGAACCCAAGGCGUGAACCCUGGCAAGUCUGCGCCCGUCAGCCGAAUGCAGAUCAACGGCGGAAGUGGAAAUGCUCCAGCUCCAGCAGCGCAGCAGAACGGGAGCAAUGCCGGCUUCCAAAAUGCUGCUGCGAAUGGGUUCAAUGGCGCGCAGAGACAGAACGCAACAAACUACGUCAACCCGUCAGCCGAUAUGAACCGUAGAAUCGGCAUGCCGCAACAGUCCGGAGGUCCGGGCAAUUUGCAGAACCGCACUGGAUACCGUCCACCUACCGCGGUGAAAAGGCCGGCCAUGGCAGAUGUGACCAACACAUUCGGCGUGGACGGCGCUUCCGAUCCCAAGAAGACCAAGCUCGAAGGACAGGGCGAUACUACCGAGGCCGGGGAGCAGAACGGUGUUGCUACAUGA